AUGAACGGCCAUUUCUCUGCCGUCGGCGAGGCGCCGGGGGCUGGAAGCUAUGAGCAUGGCGUCCAGGUUAUCGACGAGGACAAGGAGUUCAACACCCACAUCAGCGAGUAUCUCCAAAGAACCAAUGUUGCCGACUCGGGUUUCAACUACCACCUCAUUUCCGUCUUUGGCUCCCAGUCCACUGGAAAGUCCACCCUGCUCAACAACCUCUUUGGCACCGAGUUCUCCGUCAUGUCGGAAACGGAGCGUCGACAAACCACAAAGGGUAUCUGGAUGUCCAAGAACAAGCGGGAGACAAGCGCAGGCACCCCGAUGUCGGAGAACAUCCUCGUCAUGGACGUUGAGGGUACGGAUGGUCGAGAGCGCGGUGAGGACCAGGACUUUGAGCGCAAAAGUGCCCUGUUUGCGCUGGCUACCAGCGAGGUUCUGAUCGUCAAUAUCUGGGAGCACCAGGUUGGUCUGUAUCAGGGUGCCAACAUGGGUCUCCUCAAGACCGUUUUCGAAGUCAACCUGCAGAUCUUCCUCAAGGACAAGCAAUCAACUCCCAGAUCUCUACUCUUCUUCGUCAUUCGAGAUCACCUCGGCACCACUCCCCUCGGCAAUCUACGAACGACCCUUAUUCAGGACUUGACCAAGAUUUGGUCGUCCCUCUCCAAGCCUCAGGGGCUUGAAGGCUCGCGCAUCGAGGACUACUUCGAUUUUGGCUUCGCUGCCCUGCCCCACAAGAUCCUGCAGGCUGAUAAGUUCACCGAGGAGGUUCAGAAGCUUGGUGCUCGAUUCACAGCUGGUCACAGACACGGCAAGCCUGGCCUGCAUGGUGACCAAGAGCUCGAGGGUGGCCUGUUCCUCUCUGAAUAUCACCGACGCAUCCCUGCCGAUGGUUUCUCUGUAUAUGCCGAGGGUAUCUGGGACCAGAUCGUGAACAACAAGGAUCUGGAUCUCCCCACCCAGCAGGAGCUUCUGGCCCAAUUCCGUUGUGACGAGAUUGCACGGGAAGUCCAAAUCGACUUUGAUGUGAUCAUUGCCCCACUUGAGGAGAAGCAGAGCGAAGCAUCCAAGUUGGGAAUCCCAACUGUUCUGCCUGACCUUGGGUUGGCUGGAAACGACGCUCGUCAGAAGUGUAUCAAGGCUUUCGAGGUGCAAGCUAGCCGCUACCACAAGGGUGUCUAUACUCGCAAGCGACACGAGCUUGAGGGCAAGAUUGACGCCCGUCUCAAAUCUCUCUACCAGAGCCAGUUGGCUGCUGCCCAUAAGGCUGGCGUUUCUGCUUUCGGCGAUGCUGUUGCCAACAAGGUCAAGGCUGGACAAAAGGCCGGUGGCCAAUAUGAAUUCGCCGAGAUUGUUGCAAAUGAGAAGCGAAAGACGCUGGACAUUUUUGGUGUUGAGGCGCAGAGCCUGCUCAUCGAAGGCGUCACGUGGACCAACUUCGAGUCACAGUUAAGGCUCUUUGAGAAGGAGCUCGAUGAAGAGAGCGCCAAGCUGCGAAAGGAGGAGAUGCGACGACUUGCGACCCGUGUUGAGCGUUGGGUCAGGUCUCGACUUGGCGAUGCCAUUGGCCUCGAGUUCAACAAGCUGGGUAGCGGCCGAGGCGGUUCCGGUGCCCCCGAGAACGGCGAGAAGCCUGAGACAGAGAAGGAUCUCUGGGACAGAGUCUGGAAGGUCUUUACAGGUAUCGUUAAGGAGGCUGAGGUUAGAUUUGCCGAGCGUGCCAAGAGCUUCGAUGCCACCAGUGAGGAAGUUGAGAUUGGUUCAUGGCGAUUGCGCCGAAAGAGCUGGAAUGCUCUCCGGGAGAAAAUCGAGGAAGAGGUUAUGGAGGGCAACAUCCUCUUGAAGCUCCGUGAGAACUUUGAAGACAAGUUCCGAUAUGAUGAGGCUGGCGUGCCAAGAAUAUGGCGCCCCAGCGAUGAUAUCGAGGGAAUUUAUACCAAGGCGAGAGAGUCUACUCUCACCCUUGUUCCUCUUCUUUCGAGGUUCCGGCUUUCAGAGACAUAUGGUCCUCCCGACCUGCCAGGUUUUGUUGGAGCCCAGCCUAGUGGCGUUGAGGCCAGCGACGAGGAAGAUCUAGCACCAAUUGGUGGCAUCGAUGAGGAAGAUGGCAAGAGUCUCGAGGAAGAGAUGACAGUGCUCAGCGAGGGCAAGCGCCAGGAUCUUGUUGUGCGAUUCAAGAAGACAGCUGACGGAGUAUACGUCGAAGCUAAGCGUGGAGCCAUUGGAGGAGUUGCCCAGGUUCCGUGGUACUUCUACGGCCUGCUCCUUGCUCUUGGCUGGAACGAGAUUUUGACAGUUCUGCGAAACCCCUUCCUGUGCCUCCUUAUUCUGGUUAUGGCCGGAGGUACAUACUUGGCAUACACACUUAACCUGCUUGGCCCUAUGCUCUCAAUGAGCAAUGCUGCCAUGACACAGGGUGUUGAGAUUGCCAAGCAGCAGCUCCGCGAUUUCAUUGCUAACUCUGACACCGCAAGGCAGGCGGUUGGCAUGCCUGCGCGCCAGGACAGCGACAAUAUUAGUAUGGACACAUUGGAUAGCCGAGGGAAGAAGGCCAACUCGACUGCCGAAAAGGACGACAUUGAUGACAUUUGA